AUGCAAAACCAAAGCUUUGUAACUGAGUUUGUCCUCCUGGGGCUUUCACAGAAUUCUAAUGUUCAGAAAAUAGUGUUUGUUGUAUUUUUGUUUGGCUACAUAGCAACUGUGGGGGGCAACUUGCUAAUUGUGGUGACCAUCACCAGCAGCCCAGCACUCCUGGGCUCCCCCAUGUACUUCUUCUUGGCUUUCCUGUCCUUCCUGGAUGCUUGCUUCUCCACUGUCAUUGCCCCCAAGAUGCUUGUGGAUUCCCUCUAUGAGAGGAAAACCAUCUCCUUUGGAGGUUGCAUGACCCAGCUCUUUGCCGAACACUUCUUUGCUGGGGUGGAGGUCAUUGUCCUCACAGCCAUGGCCUAUGACCGCUAUGUGGCCAUUUGUAAGCCCCUCCACUACACAACCAUCAUGAACUGGAGACUCUGCGGCAUUCUGAUGGGUAUAGCCUAUGGGGGAUUUCUGCAUUCCAUGAUACAAAUUCUCUUUACUUUCCAGCUGCCCUUCUGUGGCCCCAAUGUCAUUGAUCACUUCAUGUGUGAUUUGUACCCAUUACUGGAGCUUGCCUGCACUGACACUCACAUCUUUGGCCUUUUGGUGGUCGCCAACAGUGGGUCUAUCUGCAUCAUAAUCUUCUCUUUGUUGCUUGUCUCCUAUGUUGUUGUCUUGCUCUCUCUGAGAACCCAUAGUCCUGAAGGGCAGCGGAAAGCUCUCUCCACCUGCGGAUCUCACAUUGCUAUUGUGGUUUUGUUCUUUAUCCCCUGCAUAUUUGUGUAUGCACGACCCCCAUCUGCUUUCUCCUUUGACAAAAUGGUGGCUAUAUUCUACACCAUCCUAACUCCUUUGCUCAAUCCUUUGAUUUACACUUUCAGGAAUAGGGAAAUGAAAAAUGCCAUAAAGAAAGUGUGGAACAGACUAAUGGUUUGUAGUGACAAAUGA